CUCGCUCGCCUCCCUCUCUCGAUAAUCAUCUCUCUCUCUCUCAUUUCUCCCCAUGAGUGUUUGCACACUGCUCCUCACCGAUGCUAUGGAGAUGAAGUCUAUCUCUCCCAUCACUCACCGUGAGUCGUUGCUCCCUGCUCCCUGCUCCUCACAAUGCGCCAGUGACGGUAUCCAGCGAUUGAUUGCUAUUUGCACUCUUUCUCCCUCUCUCAAUACCUGGAUUUCUCGCCCAUCUCUUGCUGCUUACCGUAGUUUAGCAAGUAUGACUGUUCUUCACCAUCUAUGUUCAUUCUUCUCCCAAUCUUCAUCUUCUGAACGAGGGGUUUAGGGCAUAAUAGAAGGCUCUCGUCUCCUACUCUAACCGAUGACCAUGAUUUGGAGCUUCAUGAGAAAGCCAUAGAGUUCUCUCUCUCAUUCUCUUUCCCUCCAGCUUCUGCCCUAAAUCCCAUAAGAUGCUUCAUUUGCAGGCCUUCUACAGCCUUUUCGUAGCCAGCUUCAUAUCCGUCAAAUGACACAUUUCAACCCUUUGAUGGCCAGCUUCAUCCCUAUAUUCAUGGAACGCCGCCUCAUUGCAGCCCUUCUACAGGUAGGGCAUAGAUUUCUCUCAUUCACUCUAUCUUUCUUUCUCACCCUUUCUCUAUCACUCAUUGUCUACUUCCCUCACCGAAUUGUAUUUUAGUAGGAACAACACAUUUGUAUCUCUUUUGAAGUUAUGUAUCAAGACUUGCACUCCACAUGUUUGAUAAAAUGUUUCAUCUAUGGGACUCUGUUUACAAUAAAAUAUCUUCAGAAGUGUUGGCUACACUUGAUAUUUUUGCUGGAUGUGGUGGUUUGUCUGAGGGGUUGCAGCAGUCAGGGGUUUCAAUGACUAAAUGGGCUAUUGAACAUGACGCUGCUGCUGCUGAAGCAUUCAAACUUAACCACAAAGAAGCACAAGUGUUUAAUGAAGACUGCAAUGUGAUUUUGAGAUUUCCAUCACACAACAUGGUACCACAUUACCAUGGACAGAUUUCAGAAUGUAAACAGAGGUUUAGAAGCUCCCCUGCAGUUCUUUCCACCAAAGAGCGGAAAAGUGAAGGCAAACAUUUGGAAGAAGCUCAAGGCAGCAGUUUUCUGCAAGAAGGUUCAUGACUCCAUGGCUGCUGCAAAGUAUUCUCGGUUGCCAUAGCAUCAUUGAAGGGUUCUACCUUUAGCUUAAAGGGCAGCAGCACAUCCUUGCCGUUGUUUGGUACUGGAAGCUCAAACAAUGGAAGCUCAUCUCCUCUGGGUCUUGGUUCUUCAUCUACAGAGGUUAACAAAUCCAGUGGAAAUGCUCUGCUUGUGAUGCAGGAGGUCCCAGUUGAAACUGGUGAAGAAAGGCAUUACCUUUUCGUGCUUUAACAGUUCUGUUGAAGGAAGGAACACCCUCUCUACAUUUGCUUUGAAGUUCAAGGAAAGUGCUACCGUGGAUGCAUUUCGAACUGCUGUGAUGGAUCACACGGAAGAAAACAGCAAGUCUAGAAACACCCGAGAGCUCUCCAAAAGCAUCAGAUGACUAAGCAUCAGAGAACCUGGUCAUGUAACUUAUCAA